UCCAACCCCUUUGUAGCAUGUACAAAGCUUGGUGAUUUUGAAUUGAAAGAGCUGAUGUGAGCAGAGUGGUAGCAUCUGGCGGAUUCAUGAUAGCCCUGAACUGUUCAGCCCAUAAAGCAUAGAUUAUUUCACUCGAUUUUAUCUGAUAACGUCACACCUAAUUAUUUCAUGGUUCUGUGAAACCACAAUCAGCUGUCUGUGUCGUCAGGGGAUGAAGUCUCAGGCUGGAAAGAACCAAGGCUCCGUGAGCGUGAACUGGGAAACAUGCGUGAUCGUGUCUCCACUGUCCGUGGUGAGGUAUGCCGACCGCGCUUUCUGUUGUUGACUUCUUACAGGGAAAACCAUAACACUGGCAAGAACCAUGGACAUUCCCCGGUCUGUGCAGAACUUCCGGUUCUUCGCCUCCUCCAUCCUGCACCACACAUCAGAGUGCACGCAGAUGGACCACGUGGGCUGUCUGCACUACACGGUGCGGGCCCCUGUGGGGAUCGCCGGUCUGAUCAGCCCCUGGAAUUUGCCACUCUACUUGCUGACCUGGAAGGUGGCACCAGCCAUUGCUGCUGGCAAUACGGUGAUAGCCAAGCCCAGCGAGCUGACUUCGGUGACUGCGUGGAUGAUGUGCAAACUCCUGGAGAGAGCAGGUGUCCCACCAGGUGUGGUAAAUAUUGUGUUUGGGACGGGGCCCAGGGUCGGCGAGGCCCUGGUGUCCCAUCCGGAGGUACCCCUCAUUUCCUUCACGGGGAGCCAGCCCACAGCCGAGCGGAUCACACAGCUGAGUGCUCCCCACUGCAAGAAGCUCUCCCUGGAGCUGGGGGGCAAGAAUCCCGCUAUCAUCUUUGAGGACGCCAACCUGAAAGAGUGCAUUCCAACGACUGUCCAGUCCAGCUUCGCCAACCAGCUGCCGGAACGAUCAUUUAACAAUGGAAAUCUGGUCAUAUCAUGCUGCAGCUUAAAGCCUUCCAUGGACUUUUCAUGAUAACGGGAGCAAGAUGCAAACUCCUUGUGAGCCUGUGGGACUCGGCGUGGUGUGGCCUUGCUCCUCACCUCCUGCCCUCCUUUCCUACCCUCCUUACCUGCAUUCCUGCCUCCACUCCCGGCCUCAGCCCUGCUCGCCUUCUUGCCUCGCCUCACACACCGCACCACAGCAAGCACGCUCCUGCGGCAAGAAGCCGCUCUACCCCGCCUGCUGAGCAUUGCCUUCCUCCGAGUCGCCUGGAGCUCAGCUAGCCCCUCCCCAUCAAUCGAGUGUCAAUUCAAAUACCCCCUCUUCACAAGGGCCUUCUGGAACUCCCUCUACUAAAAGGGACUAAAAGUGGCACUUUUCCAUUGAUUUCUAUUCCCAUCCUCUGCUUAAUUUUCUUGUAUCACUUUGCUCAUGACCUGAAAUUAUAUUAUUGAUUGAGCACAUUUACUUGUGCUGUUGUCUGACUUCCCCACAAGACUGUGUGUUCCCCGGGCGCCUGGGUGGCUCAGUUGGUUAAGCGACUGCCUUCGGCUCAGGUCAUGAUCCUAGAGGCCCUGGAUC